AUGUCGUCGCGUGGCGGUGGAGGCGGCCGGCGCGGAGGCCGGGGCGAACAGGGAGGGGGCCGUGGAGGCGCCGGCGCCGGCCGAGGGCGCGGCCGUGAGGGCGCCGCGGACCUCGGUGCCCACCCUAUCGGCGCCUCGCGCGGAGGGGGUGGCGGCCGCGGCGAUCGCGGCGGUGCCGCGGCGCCAGGCCCCGCCCAGAGAGGGGGCCACUUCCAGCCCCCGCAUCCGGCAGCCGGGGCCGGGAGAGGUGGCGGCUACCCUGGCGUGGCUCAGGGGCGCGGGCAGCAGGUAUCGGCGCCGGCGCCGACGCCUGCGGAGGUUGAGGCCCUGAGGCGCCAGGUGGAGAGGAAGGCUGUGGUGGCAUCGGCACCGGCGGCGGGGCUCCGCGAGGGCCCGUCGUCGGCCCCAGCGCAGAGGCAGGCUCCGGCGCUGGGUCUGGCGGCUCCUGCGGCCGCGCCACGACCGCAGAUAUUUAAAUAG